GGCAAAUUAGAAACUCCCCUUACGGCUACUGAAAAAGGAUAUCUCACUAAAGUAGAACAAUUAGAGACUGUUCGCAAUGCUACUCUCAGUACUUACGGAACUUGGAAAGCACUUGGUAGCAAUUUCCAAGAAAGAUUAGAUAAUUGGGAAAAGAACGAAGGAAGAGUCUUAGAAGAAAAAGGAAUUAGAACUUACUUUGAGGUGAUUAAAAUUGCUUUGGAGAAAGCUAGGCAAAACCAAGGUCUUAGUUCGGAAGAAGAAGCAGAGUUAUUGAUGAUUAAUAAUUACUUAACUGAAUCAAGAUUAAGAGCCGAAAACUUGCGGUUAGUUUUCAAAACUGAUGCGGAUAUCCCUAAUUCUUUAAUUGGCAACAUUCUCAAUAACUUAGAAGAUAAAAGUACUUUUUUCACAGAACUCAAGGAUUAUUUAAAAGGUAAAAAAGUUCCUGAAUUUCCCGCUGAUAUGGCUGAUGAAUACACUAAGUCUGACUAUUUCUUUACUUUGCCUCCUCAACAUGUAAUUGGAUUCUUGGUGGCUUAUCACAUUAAACACGAUAGUGUUAAGAAAAAAGAAAUGGAAGAUAAAAUGACCUUGGCUAAAAAUGAGCAAAAACUAGGCUUGGAUCUUACUAAAUAUGGCAAUGGCACUGAAUUUACAGAAGCUGGUAUCAUUAGAUAUUAUGCGGAAGAAUUAGGCGGAAUAAACCAUAGUUAUUCUAAAAAUGAACCUAAAAAACAAACGACUUCUCCUAAAGAAGGAUUCUGA